AUGGCGGCAACCCCCCAGAGCCUUUUCCCCUCUGGGGAUGACCUGGACUCCAGCCAGUUACAGAUGGAGCCCGAUGAGGUGGACACCCUGAAGGAGGGAGAGGACCCAGCCGACCGGAUGCACCCCUUUCUGGCCAUCUACCACCUCCAGCCUCUGAAAACGCACCCCUUGGUGUUUGCCGCUGGGGUCCCCGUCAUAGCUCAGGUGGUGGGCACUGAAAGAUACACCAGUGGAUCCAAGGUGGGCACCUGCACUCUGUAUUCUGUCCGUUUGACUCACGGUGACUUCACCUGGACAACCAAGAAGAAGUUCCGUCAUUUCCAGGAAUUGCAUCGGGACCUCCUGAGACACAAAGUCUUGAUGAGUCUGCUCCCUCUGGCUCGUUUUGCUGUUGCUUCAUCUCCAGCCUCAGAGGGAGACAGCAGAGAGAUACCCUCUCUACCCCGAGCAGGUCCUGAGGGCUCCUCCAGACGUACCUCUAGCAAGCAGAAAUACCUGGAGAAUUAUCUCAACCGCCUCUUGACUAUGUCUUUCUACCGCAACUACCAUGCCAUGACGGAGUUCCUGGAAGUCAGUCAGCUGUCCUUCAUCCCAGACCUCGGAUGCAAAGGACUGGAGGGGGUGAUCCGGAAGCGCUCAGGUGGCCACCGCCUUCCUGGCCUCACCUGCUGCGGCCGAGACCAAGUUUGUUAUCGCUGGUCCAAGCGGUGGCUGGUGGUGAAGGACUCCUUCCUGCUAUACAUGUGCCUCGAGACCGGCGCCAUCUCCUUUGUUCAGCUCUUCGACCCUGGCUUCGAGGUGCAGGUGGGGAAAAGGAGUACAGAGGCACGGUAUGGGGUCCGGGUCGACACCUCUCACAGGUCCUUGAUUCUCAAGUGCAGCAGCUACCGGCAGGCACGGUGGUGGGCCCAGGAGAUCACCGAGCUGGCCCAGGGCCCAGGCAGAGACUUCAUUCAGCUGCACCGGCACGACAGCUAUGCUCCUCCUCGGCCUGGGACCCUGGCCCGGUGGUUUGUGAAUGGGGCAGGUUACUUUGCUGCUGUGGCAGAUGCCAUCCUGCGAGCUCAAGAAGAGAUUUUCAUCACAGACUGGUGGUUGAGUCCUGAGAUUUACCUGAAGCGUCCAGCCCAUUCAGAUGACUGGAGACUGGACAUUAUGCUCAAGAAGAAGGCGGAGGAGGGUGUCCGUGUGUCUGUACUGCUGUUCAAGGAAGUGGAAUUGGCCUUGGCCAUCAACAGUGGCUACAGCAAGAGGGCACUGAUGCUGCUGCAUCCCAACAUAAAGGUGAUGCGCCACCCAGACCAGGUGACAUUGUGGGCCCAUCAUGAGAAGCUCCUGGUGGUGGACCAAGUAGUGGCCUUCCUGGGGGGGCUGGACCUCGCCUAUGGCCGCUGGGAUGACAUACACUACAGACUGACUGACCUGGGGGACUCCUCUGAGUCAGCUGCCCCCCAGCCUUCCACCUCAUGCUCAGACCUUCCAGCUACCCCUGACCUCACUCACAACCAACUCUUCUGGCUGGGCAAGGACUACAGCAAUCUUAUCACUAAGGACUGGGUGCAGCUGGAUCGGCCUUUUGAUGAUUUCAUUGACAGGGCGACUAUGCCCCGGAUGCCAUGGCGGGACAUUGGGGUGGCAGUCCACGGCCCACCAGCCCGGGACCUUGCCCGGCACUUCAUCCAGCGCUGGAAUUUCACCAAGACUACCAAGGCCAAGUACAAGAUACCCAUGUACCCCUACCUGCUGCCCAAGUCCACGAGCACCGCAAACCAGCUCCCUUUCACGCUUUCCGGAGGGCAGUGCGCCACCGUGCAGGUCUUGCGGUCAGUGGACCGCUGGUCAGCGGGCACCCUGGAGAACUCCAUUCUCAAUGCCUAUCUGCACACCAUCAGAGAGAGCCAGCACUUCCUCUACAUUGAGAAUCAGUUCUUCAUUAGCUGCUCAGAUGGGCGGACGGUGCUGAACAAGGUGGGCGAUGAGAUUGUGGACAGAAUCCUGAAGGCCCACAAACAGGGGCAGUGCUUCCGAGUCUAUGUACUUUUGCCCCUGCUCCCUGGGUUCGAGGGUGACAUCUCCACAGGUGGUGGUAACUCCAUCCAGGCCAUUCUGCACUUCACUUACAGGACGCUGUGUCGUGGGGAAUAUUCAAUUUUACAUCGUCUCAAAGCAGCCAUGGGAACAGAGUGGCGGAACUACAUUUCCAUCUGUGGGCUGCGCACACAUGGAGAACUAGGUGGGCACCCAAUCUCGGAGCUCAUCUAUAUCCACAGCAAGAUGCUUAUCGCAGAUGACCGGACAGUCAUCAUUGGCUCAGCAAACAUCAACGACCGGAGCUUGCUGGGGAAGCGGGACAGUGAGCUGGCUGUGCUGAUCGAGGACACGGAAAUGGAGCCAUCCCUCAUGAAUGGUGUGGAGUAUCAGGCAGGCAGGUUUGCCUUGAGUCUGCGGAAGCACUGUUUCAGCGUGAUUCUAGGGGCUGCUGCUUGGCCGGAUCUGGAUCUCCGAGACCCUGUCUGUGAUGCCUUCUUCCAGUUGUGGCAAGGCACAGCUGAGAGCAACGCCAAUAUCUAUGAGCAGAUCUUCCGAUGCCUGCCAUCCAAUGCCACACGCUCCCUGCGGGCACUUCGGGAGUACGUGGUCGUGGAGCCCCUGGCCACAGUCAGCCCUCCCUUGGCCCGGUCUGAACUCACCCAGGUCCAGGGCCACCUUGUCCACUUCCCCCUCAAGUUUCUGGAGGAUGAGUAUUUGCUACCCUCCCUGGGUAGCAAGGAGGGUGUGAUGCCCCUAGAAGUGUGGACAUAA